AUGAAAGAAACUUUUGAAAACAACUCAACUCUCAGUGUUUUUGAGCAGGAAAAAACGAAACAAAUGAAUGGUUACAUUUUCAAAACAAAUAUGGCUGGAGGAAAAAGAAAAUCAUCUCCUAAGGAGUUAAAUUGGCAAAAUUUUCAAGCGAAAAGAUCUCAAAAUGUAGGCAAAAAGCCAUUGCCUGAUCCAUCCUCUAUCAAACAUGUGUUUUUGAUGAUAAUCAUGCAUGUAGCAAGGAAAAUCGUUUUAUUUGAAACCGAGUUAAAAAUCGCUAUAUAUUUAGGUGCUCUUCUCUGCGGUUCAUUAGUAUCCGAUUUUACUCCUAUUCCAAAAUCUUAUUUUUCCAGGCGGAGUAAUUUAUUCAACUACUACUUCGUAAAAUGGGGUUGGGCCUGGACCCUUUUAGUAGUGUCAAUUUUUCUGGGGUUAACCUCGUGGAUCUAUUGUUGUGGUAACAUUGACAAGAUCAAAAGACAUUUCUACCGUCUUUUAGUAGGAACAGGAGUUUGGUUUUGUUUUACAAAAUCAUUCGUGCUGAUAGAAUCGUACACUUCUUACUGUUCUGUUGAUAAAUAUACUUCUAGAGCACUCUGUAUUCGCAAUAAUCAUAGCUGGCGAGGAUUUGAUAUAUCCGGCCAUGCAUUUUUGUUGAUAUAUUGCGGUUUACUGAUCGCUGAGGAAGCUAAGGCAAUACGAGGUUGGGAAAGAAUUGGUGAGUUAAUUCGAAAUUUUGAAUUUGAUGACGACAGUCCAUUAAACCCUCUUGAAGACGAGGAGCGACAGCAUUUAAAGGAAAACUAUGAAAAAAUAACGCCAUAUGUGCGCAGCGCUUUCCUUGUUCUUACAUAUUUCUCUAUUUUAUGGGAUGUUAUGCUAGUUUGUACCAUUCUUUAUUUCCAUUCUAUGAUCCAAAAAGUGAUUGGAGGCAGUCUUGCUAUAUUAUUGUGGUAUGCUACAUAUAAAUGGUGGUUCAAAUCCUGGCCAGGCUUGCCAGGACAAGGAUCUUUUAAAUAUUAUGAACAAUCAAGUGGAAGAAAUUCUUAUAGUUAGCCAGUGAUAUUAAUAUAUGUUUGUUAAUUUUAAAAUUUAUUUGACGUGAAGUGCAAUUUGAAUUUUUUUUCCCUGUGUGGCAGUUUUAAACACUUGUACUUCUUUCAAAGCAAAGCACAAGUUGUCAAUAUCAUACAUAACAAACUUCUUUAAGACGAAAUUUCGGAACAUAAAACCUAUUGUAUUAUGAUAAUCAUCUUCACUUAGUAAUAUUAUAUGUAAAAUUUAUUUGGCACAAAAUAGCUUGUUAGCUUGAAAUGUAUAUCUCUUAAACUUCUUUUCAGUAUCAUUUUGUUUAUGACUGAAAUACUUUAUUGAACUACAACAAAAUUAAAUUUAAGCCACUUCCUGACAUUUUCAUAUGUAUACGAUUCGUUGAGAAAACCAAAGCUUUACUUUAUGUGUUUAGCAUAAAAAUUUUUACUUGAACUGCAAUUUAGAAAUUUGUUUAGUAAUUUGAAAUUUUUCUCUGAGACUAGAAAGACCACUUGAUUCCUCAAAACUCUUUAAAGUCUAAUGUAUCUUAGACUGACUAUUGAAUUAAAGUUUCUUCAUAACUUCACUCAGUAAUAUUAUGCAAUAUUUAUUCAAAAUUGACUUAACAUUCAGAUUUUGGGAAUGUUCUGACAUUGAUUACUGUUUGCUCCUACUAGAAUUCUUAAAAAACUGUUAUUGAGUUUUUGUAAUAAAUUUUAAAUACACAAAUAUGUGGUGGCCUACUCAGAAGCAAAGGUGCAGAAUAUAUAGUAAAUAAAAUUAGGAGGAAAUUCUAGUACCCCUAGGGAUAUUUUUGGUUUAAUUUUUAAAAAAAUUUUAUUAUAAAAUAAUGUCUCUUAGCCAAAUUUUUUCCUGCAAAAAAAAUUUUAUAAGUCAAUUUAUUUACAUAUUUAUUAGUUUGAAUUCCUGAACUUAAUAUCCUUAAAUUUAGUUUUAUAAAUUACUAUUUCACUGUGUUUUGAUUCCUCUUAUUUCAAACACAUGCGUGUUUGUUCAAGAGCUGUGUAAAAUCAAAUUAAUUUUUUUCUUUGUUAUAUUAUUACCAAAAAAGUUAAACAAUUUAUAAAUUUGAUUUUCUAAAAUAUUUUGAAAAAGUUACUGUAAUUAAAAAAAAAAAAACUUUAAAAUUUUGUGAGUAUUCUAAAUUAUUAGAAAUGUGUUCCGCGUAAAUAAUGCUCUAAGAUUUUUCUGCACCUAUGCCCAGAUUGGUUGCUAAUUAUAUUGUUUAAAUUUGUUUUGUGAUGUUUUAAUUAGUUUCUCAGAUACACUUCACUGCUCGGUAGUCACCAAAACUUGGUGACUAUUUUAAGGCAGGUACUGACAUGGAAAUCUUUGACAUUUUUUCCUCUCUGAUUUUUAGCUCUUAUCAGUAUCAAUUUCCAUUUUUUUUUUUUUUUUUUAAAGUUCAUAACUUUCUUACGUGAAAUAUUAUCAGCAAUGGCCAUUAAAUGAAGUUAAGAAUUGUGCACAAAAUUUAUACUCAAAAUCUGUACUGAAUUUUUUUUUU